UCCUACCUACCUGCUCCCCAGAGUGCUGCCCUGCUGUGCACCUUGGUCCUGGAGCCCUUCUCCACCCGGUGAGUGACAAGCACAUUUGGGGUUAAGUGAGGGUAUGGUAUGAAGAACAAAACAGAACCGGACUCUUGGCUGGGGGAGGGGCAGGCACACUGGAACCUACAGGCACUGACCUUUGUCAAGAAGAGUGGAGCCUUCCCAGAAUGGGAGGAGCGGGACAGAGCAGAGAAAGGGGGUUGGGUACUGGUUUAUGAGGGACUAUUCACAGACUUGGUAGAACUCAGAGCAGUCCUGGCUGCCUUAGGGCCAUGAGAAAAUAAUAAAAGAAAUGCAUAUGGGGCUAGAGAACUUCGCACGAAGGGACAUAAUCCUAAUCCCAUUCUCAUAUGGUCACUCUUGUUAGCGUAAGGUUCUGAAUCCUGGGCCUGGGGAAGCUGGGUCAGGUGAGCCACAAGAAGAGGGUGUUGAGAGGAGGGCUUGUAGGUGUUGACAGACCUACAGGAGAUCCCAAUAUUGAAUCAGGUGCAGGCCUCUUUGCUCAACUUGUGAAAAGCGGGGGUCCUAUGAAGGCACUGGAAGGGAUCUGGAGGGGGCGGGGAGGCAGGUGUGGCUGAGACAGAUGCAUUGGCAAGUGUCUAAGGCGAGAUAAGCCAUGUGAGGUAGGCUGCAUUUUGCUCUCAGUGCCUCGGCCUGGGCCACUUGCCUCAGGAAGGAAGUUCUAGUACUGUUAGCCCUUUGAUUUGAAUAAGGGGGCAUUUCCGAACUUGGCAGUCCAAAGCAGAGUCCCAGGUUUUAUUUGCGGGGCAAGAAUGAGAGGCCAGUGUCUCUUUUACUUCCUGCUUCUGGUGGUCCGUUAUAUCUUUACCCAAUCUCCUGCCUCAGCCCCACUUCAACACACGUGCCAUCUGCCACUUCCUCUUCCCAGCAGACAAGCCAUUUUCUACUCUUAUCCAUGUUUGCACAACACGUCCCUUCCCUAUUCCCAUCCCACAUUCUCACCCACUAACAACCAAGGUUGCUCAGAAUUUGAGUCCAAUUAAGAUACGUGUGUAUAUGUCAUGUCUUGCUGCUCUCAACAGGACAAUUGGUAGACGGAGCACCAAGACCCUGUGAGAGUCACUGAAGAACCCUGACAAAGAGACACUCUAUGCUUCAGUCACAAGAAAACACGGGAGCAGCUGGAGCGCCAGCAGCCCUGGCCCUGGACAGCUCAAGGCCUUGGAGCACGUGUCUCCCGUGCCAAGCAGUCUUUUCUUUGAAACCUGAUAGAAGAUUCACUAUUUCUGUCAUUUCCAGGAUAGAUUCCUCAGUCCACCUGUGCCCCACACCACUCUGUGCAGAAGUGCAAGAGUGUAAGCCGCCUCCAUGGCCCCGGGAAAGAGUCAGGGGAGAGGCCCCAUACAGGGAGCCCCUCCAGCCAGACACGCCGGCCAGAAUGGAGCUGACUGAUCUGCUCCUGGUGGCCAUGCUUUUCCUUACCGCAAGACUAACUCUGUCCAGCCCUGCUCCUCCUGCCUGUGACCCAAGACUCCUCAAUAAACUGCUCCGUGACUCCCAUCUCCUUCACAGCCGGCUGAGUCAGUGCCCUGACAUCAACCCUUUGUCUACGCCUGUCCUGCUGCCUGCUGUGGACUUCAGCCUGGGAGAAUGGAAAGGCCAGACGGAACAGACCAAGGCACAGGACAUUCUCGGGGCAGUGACCCUUCUCCUGGAGGGAGUGAUGGCAGCUCGGGGACAGUUGGAACCCUCUUGCCUCUCAUUCCUACUGGGACAGCUUUCUGGGCAGGUUCGCCUCCUCUUGGGAGCCCUGCAAGGCCUCCUGGGAACCCAGCUUCCCCCACAGGGCAGGACCACAGCUCACAAGGAUCCCAACGCCAUCUUCUUGAACUUGCAACAACUGCUCCGAGGAAAGGUGCGCUUCCUGCUGCUGGUAGAAGGCCCCACGCUCUGUGUCAGACGGGCUCCGCCCACCACAGCUGUCCUAAGCAGUGCCUCCCAACCCCUCACCCUAAACGAGCUCCCAAACAGGACUUCUGGAUUGUUGGAGGCGAACUUCAGUGUCUUAGCCGGAACUACUGGCCCUGGGCUUCUGAGCAGGCUUCAAGGACUCAGAACCAAGAUUGUCCCUGGCCAGCUGAAUCAAACCUCCAGGUUCCCAGACCCAGGUAUCCCUGGAUACCUGAACAGGACACACAGACCUGUGAAUGGAACUCAUGCUGCAGCCUCACUUCAGACUGUGGAAGCCCCAGACAUUCUGCCAGGAGCUUUGAACAAAGGCUCCCUGACACUCAGCCUCCAAAGUGGAUAUCCUCCUCCUCCUGUCCAUGCUGAUGGACACACACUCUUCUCUCCUUCACCCACCCUGCCCACGCACAGGUCCCCACCUCAGUUCCUCGCCCCCUUUCCUGAUCCCUCCACCCCUGUGCCUAACUCUACCAGUCCUCAUCCAAUCCCAGUGUACCCUCAUUCCCAGAAUUUGUCUCAGGAAGCAUGAGGGACACAGGCACAGCCAGCAUCUGCAGCUUCUCUCAAGCACAAGCCUUCCUUCCCUGGGAAAGGGUACACAGCACAGGCUGUCAUAAAACCUUAGGAGCUGGUUUGUUAACCUAUCAGCAAUAUUCAUCAGAGCAGCUAGCUGUCUUUGGUCUACUUUCUGUAUAAAUUUGAAAAUCACAAAUUCUCUGUGUUUUCUACAAAGGUCCAGACUGGCCUAGCCUUUGAACCCAGGUAGAGAUUAUCAUUGUAGAUUGGGGAUUUAGCUCAGUGGUAGAGCGCUUGCCUAGC